ACGUCAAUCAAGAGAAAAACGUGCCCGUGUAUAUUGUUAAAUUUUGUACAUUUUGUGUGGAAAUACGAAUUACAUUUUUAGUCAUCGUAUUGAUACAGUAUAAAAAAUCUACACAUAUUACAGCAAAAGAAUCAAAAUAGCAAUGUCGUCUCAAAACGAGGAAAGAAUGGAAGUUGCUGAAGAUCAGAAUAUCGAGGAUGCAAUUCUAGCCGGCGAAAGCGACGAUGAUCAAUCCGAGGAUGAAAAUAUGGGUACCGAUCAGAAUGGUCAAAUUUACCUGCCUGGUCGCAAAUUAAACAACGAUGAGGAACUGGUAUGUGACGAAUCGGCAUACGUGAUGUUGCAUCAAGCUCAUACGGGUGCACCAUGUUUAAGUUUCGAUAUUAUCGCGGAUCCGCUGGGUGAUGAUAGAGAAACAUUUCCGCUGUCGGCAUUUCUUGUGGCAGGCACACAAGCUGCAAGGACGCAUAUCAACAGUGUGAUUGUCAUGAAGAUGUUCAACUUGCACAGAACCUCCAAAGAACGUGAUGAGGAUGAGGAGACAGAUUCGGAUGAAGAAAGUGACGAUGAGGAAGAUAAACGGCCACAUAUGAACUGCGCCUUGAUCAAGCACCCUGGCUGCGUGAAUCGGAUUCGUUCGACCACAUUUAAUAAUUCACAUUAUGUGGCUACUUGGAGUGAAAUGGGCCGAGUUAACAUCUAUAAUAUAAAUGAACAGCUAACAGUCGUUGACGACGAACAUGCAUGCAAAACCUACGAGACCAAUAAAGUGGGUGAUGGAGUGAAGCCUGAUUUCACAUUUAGUGGUCAUCAGAAAGAAGGUUUUGCUAUCGAUUGGUGUACCACAACGCGUGGUAUGUUAGCUACCGGAGAUUGCAGAAGAGAUAUUCACAUCUGGCGUCCUAACGAUAAGGGAUCUUGGACCGUUGAUCAACGGCCACUGGUAGGUCAUACUGAGUCCGUGGAGGAUAUUCAAUGGAGUCCAAAUGAGCCCAAUGUGUUGGCUACAUGUUCUGUUGACAAAUCCAUCAGGAUUUGGGACUGUCGAGCGGCUCCAUCCAAAGCUUGCAUGCUGACGGCAGACAAUGCCCAUAAAAGUGAUGUGAACGUAAUCAGCUGGAAUAAAAAUGAACCACUUCUAGCCAGUGGUGGAGACGAUGGUUUUCUGCACGUAUGGGAUCUGAGACAGUUCCAGUCCAAAUCCGCUGUUGCAACAUUCAAGCAUCAUACGAAUCACAUUACCACAGUCGAAUGGCAUCCGAAGGAGUCGACCAUAUUGGCAUCCGGUGGAGAUGACGACCAAAUAGCCCUGUGGGAUUUAUCAGUGGAGCGAGAUAAUGAAGAGGAGCGCAAUGAUCCGACUCUUAAGGACUUGCCUCCCCAACUCUUGUUCAUUCACCAAGGGCAAACCGAAAUUAAGGAACUGCAUUGGCAUCCGCAACUCAAAGGUGUACUAUUGUCUACGGCUCAUAGUGGUUUCAACAUUUUCCGAACGAUCAGUGUGUAGAGGUAAACCGUUAGAAAAUCAAAACAGCCUUUAUUUUUGAUUAAAUAUUGAUAAAAAUAAAAUAAGAAAUACAUACACCACUUUACGGUGAGUUAUUCUUCA